AUGGUCCUCAUAACCCCCGAGCAACUGCUGCGCCACCUGCAAUUCGGCGCCUCGGUGAUUGCUCUGCUGUUCAUUUUCUUCUCUUUACUCGUUAACCAUGGCUCCACGACAAUUGAAAAGAUAUCCCGUCCACGCAAAACUGCGGUGAUUGUCGGUUCAAUCGGAUGCAUAUUCGCAUAUUAUGUCACUCAAGCCGUCGUCCUUUUUCUUGGGCGCCAUGAACUUGUGCCAGUCCAGGACCGUAUGAUCACCACCGUCAUCUUUUCCUUGGCAUGGGGUUCAUUUUGCACCCGCAGACAUUCUUUGUUGCCAGAAGUGAUCGCCAUCUGUGUCAUUUCGCUCAUCUUUGGGAUUCCUGUCUUUGUCGUCGAUGCUGUUUAUCCAGCCCUUCACACCACGCAACGAGCCCUGCUUGUUGCAGAAUCCCUCACACUUGCUCAUGCUGGUGGCUUGCUGAUAUACUCCCUGAUUAUUUACUCCCGUCUGUGCGUGACGAGUGGGAGCACAAUUGAGGAAGAAGCGAGGUCCCACCUCAGCGACUCAGACCAUCUCCUACCGCCCGGACGAUACCGCGACCAUCCUAGCGAUCUGGACUCGAAUUCAGAGUCAGACCCAGAUAACUCUGAUGACGAAGAUGGCAAAGAUCACGAUACUCGGACCGGGAAGCUUCGCAAAACAGGUCACUUGGUGGAUUAUCUUGCAACCUUCAAAGUCUUUCUACCCUUCCUGAUUCCGCGAAAAGACAUCAAAGUUCAACUGUGCUACCUAGUAUGCGCGCUCUGCUUGAUAGCUGAUCGUGUGUUGAAUGUAGUGGUGCCCACUCAGCUGGGUAGUAUCGCAGACAAACUUGUCAGACAAGAGCUUGCGCUGUCAGAUCUCGGGAUAUACUUCGCUGUCAAUAUCCUCCACGGGCAAUCGGGUUUGGGGAUGCUCAUGGAACUAGCUAAGAUUCCAAUCGAGCAGUUCUCUUACAGGCAGCUCACCAACGCUGCCUUCGGCCACGUCAUAGGCCUCCCGAUGGAAUUUCACGCUGAUCGAGACUCGGCCGAGGUCAUGAAGGCUAUAGAGCAAGGCGCUACACUCACGAAUGUUUUGGAAAUCAUCUUCCUGGAGAUAGCUCCAGCAGUCAUUGACCUAUUUGUUGCGUUUGUCCUUCUUUAUAUCAAGUUCAACUCGCUAGCGGCAUUGUGUAUGCUUAUUGCAACACUGACAUUCAUGGCAUUGGAAGUCACUGCAUCCCGCUGGAACAUCGACAAUCGUCGGCAGCUGACCAAGGCUGAACGAAGCGAGGCGCGGGUGAUGCAUCAAGCCAUCCAAGGAUGGUUGACGGUUUCUUCGUUUAACAUGUUCGCGUAUGAGAAAUUUCGCUUCGCAAAGGCAGUCGACAAACAUAUGACCGCAAAACAAAGAUGGGAAUAUCGAGAUGUGUACUCGACUGGUUUAAUGGAGGCAUGCUUCCCGGUUUCUUUUGUGGUCCUUGCAUUUCUCGUCGCCAAUGAGAUCAGGCACGGCCGAGCAUCGCCCGGAGACUUUGUUUUUCUGAUACAAUACUGGGACUAUCUCAUUUGGCCGAUCAAGUUUUUGUCGAAAGAUUACAGGUGGUUUAUCUCAAAACUGAUUGAUGCCGAACGGCUGCUCGACCUCCUUACCACCAAACCGACUGUGACUGACAAGCCCGAUGCUUUUGAUCUUGGUCCUGUUCAGGGAUACGUCGCAUUCGAGAAUGUGUUUUUCUCAUACAACAACAGGGAACCGGCUGUCCGUGAUGUCAAUAUUUCUGCAGCUCCCGGGGACAUCAUCGCCUUAGUUGGCACCACCGGGGCCGGAAAGUCAUCGCUGAUGAAGCUAUUACUUCGCUAUUAUGACGUAACGUCUGGGUGUAUCAAGAUUGAUGGUCAUGAUAUUCGCGAUGUGACACAAAGUUCUCUCCGGGGGGCAUUGGGCAUUGUAUCGCAAAACCCUAUCCUUUUCAAUGCCUCGAUCAUGGAGAACCUACGGUACGCCAAUUUGGAUGCCUCCGAUGAAGAAAUCCAUCGAGCCUGUCAAGCGGCUGCAAUCCAUGACAGAAUUUCCUCUUUCCCAGAGGGCUAUCAAACCAAAGUCGGGGAGCAGGGAAUCAAGUUAUCUGGCGGCGAGGUCCAGCGCUUAGCGAUCGCGCGAGCCUUUCUAAAGGACCCAUCCAUUCUUGUGCUGGACGAGGCAACCAGUGCCGUCGACACCGAAACCGAGGCUAAAAUUCAAGAAGCGCUGAAAAAUCUAAUCAAGGACAGGACAACCUUAGUCAUUGCCCACAGGCUGUCGACUGUGGUCAAAGCAGAUCGCAUCUUUGUGCUGGAUAAUGGCACCAUUGUUGAAAGUGGGACUCAUCGGGAAUUGCUUGGGAAACAGGGGCGAUACUACAACCUCUGGCAUGCACAACUUCAUGGAGAUGAGGAGCCCAUGAUGAUAGAUAUUUAG